CACUCACGCAAGAAACUUUCAUUUUCGGGAAGUCUGCACGCUCACAACACAUAUAGACACAGACGCGCGCAAUGCUGCAAGGAUUUGGGAAGACACGCGCAGGUGGAAGACAAUGACAGACUGCGUUUGACUUGGAACCUUAAAUCACUUUCUUAUUUGAGAGGGGAAAAAAAAAGAACUUGGAAAAUAGUUGCAACCCGGGAUGGAAAGAGCGCCUCUUCCUCAUCCGGACAGGAGUGAAGCCCCCCAAGAAAGAAUGAAGUAACCGCUAUGGAGCCGGACAAUGCCCCGCACUCCGAACUCAAAGGAGCCGGGGGGAGAGUCCUGAUUCUUUGGACUAUCCUCUGUUGUACCUGCUCUCUCACACUGGGCCAAAACGUAGAUAUUCUGCAGGAGCUGGGUCUCUCUGGGCAAAGGUCAGGCGGGUCAACAUCUUGGAGCGCUCCAUCAGUCCCGAAUGGAAUCAUCCCCUUCAAGUCUGGAGUUAUUCUCACCCCGAGGGCACACAUCCAGGUGCCCUUGCGUAGCGUCAUCCCGGCUUCCUUCACCAGCGCCAAUCUCUCCCUGAUUCUCAGUCUGUCCGUCCACCGCGUCAACAGCGCCUUUCUUUUCGCCGUCGUGUCCAAGAGAGGGAAAGUGCAACUCGGUGUGCAGUUCACACCGGGUCGGCUUCUUGUUUACGCGGGCCACAGGAACACCGUGGCGUUCGACUAUGACGUUCACGACGGCCGGUGGCACAGUCUGGCCUUGGGAUUCCGAGGUCAGCGGGUGUCCCUGCACACCUCUUGCGGGAACAAAAGCCUCCAUGGAGAUUUUCAAUCCAAAAAGAAGGAAAGGCUUACUCUGGAGGGCUCGUUUGUCCUGGGCAAAACGAACCACAACGCGGUGCCCUUUGAAGGCGCCAUCUGCCAGUUCGAUAUCUACCCGUCAGCGGAGGCGGCUCGUCACUAUUGCGAUUACGUUAAGAAACACUGCAGAGAAGCCGACACGUAUCGGCCUGUCUUCGCACCCCUGCUACCUCUCAUUUUCAUCCAUCCAAACGCAAGUCAUACAACAGCGCUGGCGUUAUCCCCGGAACCUACUACCUCCUCAGCCGAGGGAUCCGUUUUUGGCCCAAAAGAUGAUUUGCUAAUUGGGAAUGACACAUCCAUGUCUUGGACCCCUGAACCCGCUGUUGCCGGCAGUCAAGUGGACCUUCCGGGGUUGGGGAAAACCACAGAAACUGUGACCACGUCUCUCUGGACCAGUCCGACACCACCGACAUGGGAAUUACCUUUGCAAACCACCGCCGACACAAAGCAAAGAGAGGGCCAAGGAUUGGCGGAUGUACCGACCUCUACAAGACCAUCGGAGACUAAACUUCAGACCACAAGCGAAUCCACAGAGACGUCCUCCUUGAGAUCCGACUUUCUCCAGCAAUUAUCCACCGACGCGCCUCCAAAAAAUGAUCCUCAAGUAAGCAUCGUGCAGGAUGUCCAAACCAUGCCCGUUAUUCCUGUCACUCCUGCAGCCGGAGAUGACUUCCAAACAUUCGACCUGGAACCGACCCUCGUCUCACUUUUGGCAGGACCACCUGGGCUUAAAGGAGAGCCAGGGCCUCCGGGCUUUCAAGGACUUCCAGGAUUGCCAGGAAAGCAAGGGAAGCGGGGUCCACGGGGUCCUGUCGGCCCACAUGGAAACCCGGGUUUAUCCGGACCACCUGGAAGGAAGGGAGAAAAAGGUGAUCCUGGACUGUCUCUUGGUCAAGCCCCGGAAGGACAAAAAGGAGAGCCUGGUGUCAAAGGCCAUGCUGGACCGCCUGGCCAGUGCGGGCGAAAGGGACAAAGAGGUCAUCCUGGUCCUGCUGGUCUGCCCGGGGAACCUGGCAAACGGGGAGCAGACGGAAGUCCCGGGGUCAAAGGUUAUCCUGGCAGGCAGGGUUUACCUGGGCCGAUAGGUAAUGUGGGACCAAAGGGAGUCAAGGGGCACAUCGGCACCCCCGGGCUCUUUGGCCUUCCCGGUCCUGAUGGCGAGAGAGGAAUUCCAGGUGUACAUGGGAAGAAGGGCGAGAUGGGUAGGCCGGGAUUUCCUGGCGACUUUGGAGAAAGAGGACCCCCUGGUCCUGAUGGCAACCCUGGCGACCUUGGAGCUCCUGGCCCACAUGGAGUUCCUGGUCUUCUUGGUGAGAUGGGUCCUGCUGGCAUGAUGGGGUUACCAGGAGCUCCGGGACUCAAGGGAGUGCCAGGAAACGUCGGUGAACCUGGACUGAAAGGUGAUAAGGGGGAUGUUGGUUUGCCAGGAGAACCGGGAGAUGCGGGCUUCAAAGGGGACAAGGGCGUCCCGGGGUCACCUGGUACACCAGGACCAUGUGGAAAUCCAGGACCACAGGGUCAAUCUGGUGAUAAAGGUCUGGAUGGUUCAGCCGGCCCUCCUGGCCUAGAGGGUUUCCCUGGUGACAUCGGACCUCCGGGUCAAAACGGCCCAGAAGGACCAAAGGGGAGGCAAGGCACACGAGGGUUUCCUGGUCCACAAGGAACAUCUGGACUCAAUGGUGAUGAGGGGCCCAUCGGGCCGGCUGGGCCAGCAGGAAUUGAGGGCAGGCUGGGGAGGCAAGGAUUCCCUGGACUUACGGGCCUGGAUGGACUCAAGGGUGAGACCGGGAUAAGCGGAGAGGUCGGGAAUCUCGGCGAGAGGGGUUUGCCUGGCUUCAUCGGGACUGCUGGGGCAAUGGGCCUUGCGGGAGAAAUGGGUGAUCGAGGGAAAACAGGCACUCCCGGACCUCCAGGGGAAUCGGGGUCAAUAGGUCACACUGGACUACCUGGAGAGACAGGCCCUCCCGGGGCGGAAGGAAUCCCAGGACCUACUGGCCUCAGGGGAUCACAUGGCACCCGAGGACCCAAAGGCAUUGAGGGUCCAAGGGGUCCAGAUGGUGUCGUAGGGGAAGAAGGUGGUGUUGGGCUAAAGGGUCCGGAUGGUCCGCCAGGAAAGACAGGCCUCCCCGGGGAUGAGGGAAAGCUUGGCGAGCCUGGUGAAACUGGGCCUGAUGGAUUUCCAGGGGUACAAGGGCAUUCUGGCCCUCCAGGGGACAAAGGACUUCCUGGAGAUACAGGAGCAGCCGGGCCUCCGGGAACGGGCGGGCCGACGGGGGAGAUGGGACCCUUGGGUCCACCGGGGAAAGUCGGCGAUGGAGGACUGUCUGGUGAGCCUGGAGAUAAGGGUGACAUUGGCCCACCUGGCAACAUCGGAGAGCAAGGCCUGAUUGGCCAGAGAGGUGAGCAAGGCAUCGAUGGUGAGGCUGGACCUAAUGGACCUGAUGGAGUUAAGGGUGAGAAAGGAGAUGCAGGCGCAGAGGGCGCCAAGGGAGACAAGGGUGAAUUAGGACAGAAAGGAGAGGACGGAGCCAGCGGGCUUCCCGGACUGUCGGGCGUGAGAGGUCAAGAGGGUAAACCGGGCACAAUUGGCGAGAGUGGAAAAGCAGGAGGCAAGGGGACCAAAGGACACCAAGGUUACCUGGGUGUAAGCGGGCCAAUGGGCGAGCAGGGAGCGCCAGGAUUCGUUGGACUGAAGGGAGCGAGAGGGACCAUAGGCCCAGUGGGUGCUCCUGGAAGAAUGGGCCAGAUGGGAGAGCCGGGAAUACCGGGCUAUGAGGGUCACAAAGGACUGCAAGGCUCACAAGGACCACCAGGACCAAAAGGUGAAAAGGGUGGACACGGGGAGGAUAGCAAGAUAGAAGGCCCCCCUGGUCGCCAAGGUGACAGAGGUCCUCCCGGUAACCGAGGUGAAAGAGGAGAAGCAGGUGACCCCGGACACCUUGGUCCAGUAGGCGUUAAUGGAGAGAGAGGUAAAGCUGGUGCCCAAGGACUUCCUGGACACCCGGGGCCCAGAGGAGAACAAGGAGCGAAAGGAUCCAAAGGUGAACAAGGUCAGAAAGGAAAGUCUGGACCGAGAGGAACAUCUGGGACCAAAGGACCACCGGGUCCUGAGGGGCUCCCUGGCCAACGAGGUGUUACAGGAAGGGAGGGUCUGGAGGGAUUUCAUGGAAUGGAUGGAUGGCCUGGUACAGAUGGAAGCAAAGGCACCAAGGGGGAGCAGGGAGAAGAUGGACAGUUGGGCCUCACGGGGAAACCUGGGGCUCAGGGUCAAAGUGGUGAGAUGGGUCUCCCUGGAUCUCAAGGUUCUUUUGGAUCAAAAGGUGAAAGGGGUCUCCCAGGCCAAACUGGACCGGCAGGAAUGAGGGGGACCCUCGGCAGUGUGGGACUGAGGGGAAACCAAGGAGCGAAGGGCUCCAAAGGGCAACCAGGGGACUUUGGUGAACGAGGAUUUGCAGGGGUGCUAGGUCUGUCCGGACCAAAGGGACCCCAAGGAGACAUGGGCCCAGCUGGGAUACAGGGACCAAAAGGACCAAGGGGACUGAUGGGUACGGACGGAGCUCUGGGCCCCGUUGGCAUCAUCGGCCCCAGCGGCCAUCCUGGACUACAAGGUGACAAAGGAAGUCGGGGGGACGUGGGCUUGCCAGGACCAAGGGGAUCUCCUGGUCCACGUGGUCCACCGGGACCUCCAGGCCGCACCAGUUCUACUUUUCCUCUUACAAGCGAGGCACUUGGUGCUUCUUUUCAAGUUAUCAUUGAUUCGCACGCACCACUCAGACCACAGCUGAACUACCACAAUGUAGACCUUCCCAUGCUGGACCAGGGAACGGAGAUCUUCAGGACUUUAGAGCAUCUCAGCGCUCUCGUCCAAAGUCUGAAGAACCCACUGGGGCAGCGCGACAAUCCGGCCCGCAUCUGCCGAGACCUCUACAACUGUGAGCAAAGGAUGUAUGAUGGCACAUACUGGAUCGACCCAAAUCUGGGCUGUGAUGCUGACACUAUCGAGGUCACAUGCAACUUCACUGCUGGAGGACAGACUUGCUUGAAACCUGUCACCGUCUCCAAGGUGGAGAUGGGGGUCGGUCGCAUCCAGAUGAACUUCAUCCACCUUUUGAGUAGCGAGGCUGUGCAACACAUCACGGUCCACUGCCUCAACACGCCGGUUUGGGCAGCGGGACCUUCCUUGCAAUACUACGGCCAGGCCGUGAGCUUCAAGACCUGGACGGGGGAGAAGAUCAGAGCGGGCGAUCUUCUGGAACCGCUUGUACUUAGAGACGACUGCUGGAUCAAGGACGGCCGCUGGCGUCAGACCCACUUUGUGUUUCAGACUCAGGAGCCAAAUUCACUCCCUAUAGUGGAAGUAUCCAACUUACCGACCACAGAACCCGGAUCACGUUAUCACCUCGAGGUUGGACCUGUUUGCUUCUUAUAAAGCUCAGUCAAAGGGGGGACCUCUGACCUCCUGAGUGGGGUGACCUGACGGACAGUUGUGGACUGCAAGGUACCCCGAUUACUCUCCAGAAACUAUGCUUGGACUGCAGGAACAUUUAAGACUUCUGGCACUGAUCCGCCUUUGGAAUAAAAUGGACUAUGUUUCCUCUCCAGCGACUUGCUACCAAGCUUUGAAUUGCCUGGAUGGAAGGAAACACCAAGAACAUUUCAUUGUUUUGGUUCUGGUUGUACAGAAAUAAUGACGGUACAUUUAUAAAUGCGCUAAUGUAUUAUUUAUAACGUAUGUACUGUAUAUUGUAAUAUAAAGUGCAAUAGAUGUUACGGUGUGCAUCAUAUCAGUCAUUCAGAUAUCUUCACACGGGCACGUGUGAAGAUACUACCUCGUACAGCACUGGCCACAACAUUAGGGACACUUGCAGACUCUAAUGAGUUGAUGAAAAUUCAGCUUUCGGCAGAGCACACUGCGAUGAAUCCAUCAAAACCUAAUUAAAACAGAACUUGUUUUUGUAAAGGCAAAUCAUGUUACAUAGUAAAUCAAAAUGCAUACACUUAAUUCUUGUCUCAUAAAAUGAAUUGUAAGAUCAAAUACAUCAAACCACGCUCGUAUAUAUGUAGGUUGUGUCAUUGGUUGAUUCAAUUGAAUUACAAUUAAAAAAACACAAUAAAAAUGGAUAAUGUGUUAUUUCCCAUUAGACUGUGCAAGUGUACCUAACCUGGUGCUGCAACUGCUCUGUACUCCACAGGAAUACUUCACAAAAUAUGCAAGCUGGCCACAUUUUGUUCAAUAAAAUUUUUAUUUUCUAAA